UAAUGUGUAUUAUUAUAAAUAAAUAAAAUGAAAAUUUAAAAUACAUUGUUUAAUCAUUAAUUGAGCGUUUGCAGAAAGAGGGCACUAUCUGAUGUGAUACUGGUCCUCUCUAUAGCAUAGUAAGCAAAUGGCUUUAAAAUUCAAACUUUCACAUAACCGUAGAGUUGUAUUUCUUUCACAUUGAUGUUAUAAAAUGAUUGAGAUACCCACUGGUUAAAGUGUUUUUUUUAUACAUUAAUUAAUAUAAGCUAAUUUCAUAUAUAAUUGUUAUUAACUUGAUAUUAAGGUAAUGGCCGUAAGCGCAUCUUUUCAUCGUAAUGUAUUGUUAUUGUCUCAAGUAAUUCAACCUAAUGAUGAAUUCAAGAAACAUUUCCGAAAGGGAAUGUUUGAUAAACCUAACACAGCUGGCUUCAUACAUGUUUCCCAUUAUUUAUUAACAAUAUACGAUUCAGAGCGUUUUAAGAAAUUGAUUGAAUGGCCAAUAAUUUGUAAAAAGACUGAAGUGAAAUAUCGUAACAGUGUUAAAAAUUAUUUAAUAAGUAUAUCAGUGGAAAACUCAGAUAUUGGUUUCCCAAACAUACUUAUGUCUCACUUAAUUCAUGCUGGUGGAAAUAAAUUUACAAUUAUCAUGUGGAAAUUAUCUCAAGUAGUACUAAGAAAAUAUAUUGCACGAGAAAGUAUGAUAUCUUCCGUAAAAACUUCUAUAUGUUAUUUCUUAUUUGUUGCUAUAAUAAACUUUAAAUCCACUAUUAAAACUAGUUACAGUGUUAUGUUUGCACCACAAGCAAGAAACAAACCAUGUUUAGCAAAAAAAUUUAUUCAAGAAACUAAUCUAAAAACCAAGCUUAAUAUUUCUAAUCAUCACAAAAAUUUAUCAGAAAUGGAAAAUGCAACUAAAACUAUUUUAGAGGAACAGAAGAAAACAUUAUCUAAUAUUGUAACAGAAAUUUUUGAAAGAGAACAGUUCAUUGAAACUCUUUUAAAUGAAGCACCUGUUCAUUCUACAAUUAAAAAAUGCUUAAGCAAUAUAAAUGAUGAAGAAGUGAUAAAAAUGUGGCAAAUGAACAUAACUGAUGGAAUAAACCGCAUACAGAAAAAAAAUGCACUUUUGAAAAGUAUAGAACAGCUUGGUUUUAAAGUAAAUAAUAUAGUAUUGAGUAAUAGUAAUAAUGUUAAAGUGUUAGAUGCAAAACAGAUACAAAAGAUAAAUUGCUCAGAAAUUUCAGAAUUAUUUUCUAUAGAUACACAAUGUCUUCUAUUUCAAUCAUAUAAAAAUGAUAAGUUAAUAUUAAACAACUUUAUUGUAUUAUUCAAUUCUCUCUUAACUCAAUUACAUCAACUACUGAAAAUAAAUACAGAGGAUAUAUCAAAGUACUUAUUACAAGUAGAGGCAAGUUGUGAAGACAUGAAAGCAGCAUUUAAUAUUAUUCAAACAUAUGUAUCAGAUAUUGCAAAACUCUUAUCCGAAUCACAAGAUAUGUUAUAUCAGAAUGAUUUAUCACAAGUUUAUGACGAUUCUGCAUUACCUAUGAUGAGCAAUGUACUUUUAAUGGUAUCUCCUCUUAUAAAAUUUGAUACCAACUAUACUAAUGAAGAAUGUGACCUACAGAAACGAUUGCAACUUACACCAGUAGAAGGUGUACACAAAUCACUAUUUUCACGAUAUGAACGUCUAAAAAAAAAUCAUGAAAUACAUAUUUCAAAGUUAAGAGAAAAUUUAUUUGUAUCACGAAUUAAUUUUGAUGAUACGAUUUCAACUAUAAAUAAUGAAAACCCAUCUUUACAUAUGCAAACAAUAUUUAGAAGAAAUUUAUCGUCUUUAAAACCAGCGAAAAAGUAUUCCCGAUUAUUUUCAAAUCGUACAAAAAGAAGUAACAGAAGAGCAGCAAAUUUAAGUAUAAUGUCUAUGCCCUGUUCUUCAGAAGCAAAUUCAACUGCAAUUGUAAAUGCAAUUGAGGAAAUGCAUGAUGUAUCACAGCUCAGUUUAGACACGUCAGCAAAAAGUCCUUGUAAUAUCAAUGUAGAAUUUGCUACCCCUGACAAAUUAACUGUCAAAGAAAAUAAGCUUGAAAACACACCGGAAACGGGAAACGUACUACAAGAUUUCCAAAAUAAAAUCAAUAUACUUGAUAUAUGUGAAACAAUGGAGGUAGAAAUUAAUAAUGAUUAUGACAAUAAUCCUAUAAAGACUGAGGAAAAAAAAGGAAGGAGACAUUCAAUCAGUGAUUUAGUUGACCGUUAUAAAAAACUGCUCGAACUCAAUAAUCGUUCGCCAAGUUCUAAAAUCAAUUGUGUAAAAUAUAACAAUGAAUAAUUAUAAGAAAUGACAAUUGGCAAUGUAACAUGAAAAGAAAUACAUUUUAUAUCUUACUUAA